UAGUCGAACUAGGAUUUCACUGCCAAGAACUUUUUUUUUUUUUAAAAGACACAUUUUGUCUUUAAAUUGCGUGUUUUGUACAGUUUAUGUAAAUAGAAGAUGUGAUUUUUUAAAAAUAUUGUGAACAUGAUUCAAUUUCUAACUAUUUUUUCAAUGAAAAAGAUGUUACAUUUCUGAUAUUUUUUUGUUAUUAUUUACGCAUGUCACGGCGAUGGCCAUUGACAUCUAUCGCUGUCAACGGUCGCGAAUGAACAAAAUAUAAAUGAGAAAACGCGAGAAGGUUGGUCAUAAACAACAAUCACGUGAUUCUUGCACUUGGCGGCCGUUCAAUAUUUCCCGGAAAACUUGGAAUUUCUGGUAGAGCGUGCUCGUGCACGUGCCGGACCGCUUGUAUUGUUUUAGUAGUGUAGUAGUCAUGUGAGGCGGUAAGCCAAUGACAUUGGAGCUGUCCCACUGCACCGAGUGCGAGUGCCUUUUUUUCCGCUCACUCAAAAGCCCAAUCAAGUUGUAGUAAGAAGCAACAACAAGGGCGAGGGCCUUUCAAAACAAAAGCACGACUCUUGAAACUCGCGUGUCUGGUCAAUCUAAUUUUUUGAUAAAACUGAAACCGCAUAGGCUACUGAUAGUCUGAACUAAAGCAAAUCAUCAAUUUUCAGAUUUUUGUUAUAUUCAUAAAGAAGGUGGUUAUACUUACAAAUGAUAGAAUAGUCUUUGUCAUGGCCUUGACAAUGAAAUUGGAUGUGCAACGCCAGUUAUUUCCACCUACAAGAUAGAGCAAAAAUGUAAGAUAAAAAAGUAAUAAUGUAAAUAUGGAAUCCCAAAAUAUUUACACAAAGGCAGGGGAUAAAGUAUAACCAGCAUCCAUAAGUACAAUAUGAAGCUACCAGUGAUUAAUUUGGCAGCAAUAUCGUAUUGUGCCUCAGGUAAAUAGUGCAGAGCUAUUAAAUAAAUAUUCGUUUUCCGUAAUGUUGAAUGGCUAAAUUUCCCUAUGAUUAUUCCUGAAUGACGGGGACGUUGACGCCGAAGAAGGAAAAAGUUGUUGCGCUACUUGAGUCCAAGAUUGAAGUAAAGCUCAACUAAUUCCUGUAUUAUCAUUUUGAGCACGCCAAAACUGCCGGUGUCUGAUGCGCACCCGAGCUUAGCCUCAAACGGUAUCAAAAUAAAUAAUAAUAAAUGAGGUUCUAAGUACAACAAAAGAACAACCGACUAACAUGCAUAGCAAAAGUCCGCUAACUUAAAUGCUCUGUUAUGCUAAUGUUUUACCAGGUCGUUUCUGGUGCGCACCAGAUGGUUUAAAUUCAUUUCAUGUCUGUCGAUGUCCCUUUGGGGGCUCCGUAAAAAAGUGCCCCAAACGUAUGGAACCCCAAAAGUAAAUCAUUUCGGGGCACAAAGUGUUUCCUAAAGUGUCCAGUUACAAACGAACACUUACUGUUUGGAUUUUGUACAUUCUCUUUUUGUUCUAAUAUGAAGAAAUAGCCCUCAAUGUCAAUUUAGAAUUCUCAUUUAUUGACAAAGAUGAGGGAACCCUGAAGAACAAGAAACAUAGCUACUUAACCACAGCAUACCAACUUAACUGAAUAAGAGAAAACAGAACAACAAGUGCUAACAAAACUGAUAACAUGAAAUCUCUGUACAUAGGAUAAGCCAAAAUACAACAACAGACACAUAAUUGGCAUUAACAGAGAGUAUACUUACAGAAAUAUGUGUGGAGCACAAUGCAUCAGCAAUACAACUACUAACUCUCCCGGGCCACUAUUAGGAGGAAUAAGAUGACUAUGGAAGAACGCUACCCCCUAGCGGCCGGUGGCAUUCUCUUCAUAAUAAAUGAAUGAAGAGGCUUGCCCAGGCAACAAACUAAAUGAAAGUCCGUGUGUGCUACGUCCUUUUGCUCCGACAUGAGCAGGAGUUACGCAUAAUUAGCAAGUGGUAAGCGUCAUCCUUCCCAGAGCACGUGAAGGCAACACGACCUUUAUUGUCUCAGAUUACCCGGAAGCUGCUCUUCAGUCUCCACCUUCCGGCGGGUAACUUGUCAGGUGUUCGCCGUUUCAACGCGAGACGAAAUCGGCGAUGGCUCCCGAGCCGUCCGCGUCCGGCGGCUGCUCGACGGCGGCCGUUUGUCACAACACCGGUCACGCACCGUAUCCGCGCACGGCACGGCGACAGCAGCUUGCUUCUCCGCGCGUUUGACGUCACGUAACCCAGGAAAGGCGAAAAUGUGGCAGCGGGUGCGUGGCCGCGACGCCGGCGCCAAUUAACCAGGAGCGGGCGGACAGGAGCGGCACCCGGGCGAGGAGAGCUCUGAGGCCUGAAGCUUUUUCGGCCCAUUCAUGGCACGAGAAACCUGUUUGUCUACGAUGAGAGCCGGUGACUGCAGCUCCCAGUCUUAAUGAGCACUAAUGGUGUAUUGACCUCUGGCUGCUCCAAGGCGUGACGGCGACGGACACGCGGUCACGAUGGACGAGGCCGCCAGCCGUCUGGAGCGGGAACACGUGCACGGCGUCUACGAGAAGAUCGCGCCCUACUUCAACGACGGCCGCUACAAAGCCUGGCCCAAGGUGCGGCAGUUCCUGCUGGAGCAGCCGCCCGGGAGCAUCGUGGCCGACGUCGGCUGCGGCAACGGCAAGUACCUCCACAUCAACGAGCGAGCGUUCAAGCUGGGCUGCGACGUCUGUCGCCCCCUGGUGGACUUUGCCGGAGGCCGAGGGCACGAGGUGCAGAUGUGCGACGGGCUCCGUUUGCCGUACCGGGACGGCUGCUUCGAUGCCGUGCUCUCCAUCGCAGUCAUCCACCACUUGUCCACCAAAGAACGUCGUAUCCGAGCAAUAAAGGAGAUGGCCCGCACGCUGCGAGCGGGGGGCCGCCUCAUGAUCUACGUGUGGGCCAUGGAACAGAAACGCCGCAAAUUCGAGAAGCAGGACAUCUUCGUCCCGUGGAACCUCGACGAGCACAGGAAGGUCCGUAGCGCGUCGGCGGCGGCCGACGGCGCCCGCCCGCCGCCGCCGCCGCGCGGUCACUGGUUCUUCUCGCGCUCCAUGGACUCCUUCUUCGACUUCGGGAGCUUGUCCGUCUCCCGCCCCUCGUCCCGGGAUCCCCUGGCCGUCGGCCGGGGCCUCGUCCGACGGUUCUCCGGCUUCUUCUCCCCGCCGUCCGAGGAGGACGUCUUCGGCUCCGAUCUGCGGCAGGGGCCCGAAAAUGAAAAAGGGGAGGGCGGCGCGGCGUUGGCGCGGCAGUGCGGAGCUUACGCCUUGCCCGACCUGGUCUCUCUCCCGGAGACGACGGCGGAGAGCCCCCCCCCGGCCGUCGAACGCCCUCCGGCCAACGGCGCCCGCCUGCGCUACUAUCACGUGUUCAGGGAGGGCGAGCUGGCCGAGCUCGUCGGUCACGUGGAAGAACUGGUCGUCCGCCGCGCCUACUUCGACCACUCCAACUGGUGCGUGGUCGCCGACAAGGUAGACCCGCUCAAAAGAUGACUUUUGCCCAUCGUGUUACGACACCUUUUUAGGGCAUUUUAGCACUCCGUCUGUUUUUGUUUACAAAAGCUUCACACGACCGUUUCAUCUUUUUAUUGGAUUUUUCUCCAGGAGUUUCGGCGCGAGGUUGACCGAUAUGUGAUUUUCGAGGGCCGAGGCCUGCGCCGAUUUCUAAUUCGGCCAAUUGCCCGUGUCUAAAGCCACUUUUUUAAAAAGAUAUUCAAGGCCGAUGCUUUUUUUUUUUUUUUUAAAUUAAAAAAAAAAAAAAAAAGCGUGUUGAAAGCGUCAUUCUAUACCAGGGGUGUCCAAACGUUUUGCAAAGGGGGGCCAGAUUUGGUGUGGUAAAAUUGUGGGGGGCCGACCUUGGCUGACGUCCUUUACGUAGAAUAGUAUAUUUAAGCAAAUUUUAGCAAGCCGUUCCGUGUGUCACAUUGGCUUUAUUAUUUUUUUUUUGAUGAAUAAUUUCCACAAUCUCGCAACUAGCCUUUGUAGCGUACUCUUUCGACUCUCGGGCUCUUGUGAAAUACUGCAGCUGUAAAAUGAAACUAGCUUCAAGUUGCUUCAAUUUCUCGCUACGUAUCUUCCCUGUCAUCUUGUCGUAUAUGUCAGCGUGUCUUGUUUGGUAAUAUCGCCUCACAUUGAACUGUUCAAAAACAGCGACUGUCUUUUUGCAAAUGAGGCAGACACAGUUGUUGCAUAUUUUAGUGAAGAAAUAGUCCAAUUUCCACCUAUCCUUGAAGCGUCGGCCGUCGCGGUCAACUUUCUUUUUGUUAUUGAUUGUCACCAUUUUAGAAAAUUGGAAGUGAAGGCUCACACGGGGUAAGGUAGCUUAGAGUGCUGCUGCCUUUUAGUGGGUAAAUGAGGAGCAGCAUUUAGUGUGUAAGCUACUUCAUAUACUGGUAGCAGUACUGCUGACCAAUUUUUUAAGUCUGUGUGCGGGCCAGACAUUAUUGAUUUUAUGACAGAGGCUGGGGGCCGGAUGAAAUUUGACCGCAUUUGGCCCCCGGGCCGGACUUUGGACAUGUCUGUUCUAUGCAGUAAUUAAGAAGUGACAUUUUUCUUCUGCUACUUCCUUAUUUAGGACACUGGCCACUCGGGGGUGCAAAAUCACCAUUAACAGAGCAUCACCCAAACGGCCAUAAAAGCAGUUAACCUAUUAUUCGGGCCAAUCCUGAAAAAUGCCUGUAUAUCGAUAAAUUGGUUGACCUUCAGGAGAAAGAUCAUUACCCAAACGGUGAACAUACCAGUUAUCCUAUUAUAUGGACCGAUCAGAGGUGGGUAGUAACGCGUAUACUUGAGUAACUUUGAGAAAUGUGUACUCAGAGUAGUUUUAUCACACAAUACUUGAGCAGAUUAGUGAAGAAAAAACACUACUCUCACUCCACUACUUUGGGAUACGCUAGAGUUGUUCCAUUUUUCCUCUUUAUUCUACAUAUCGACUUAAUAAUUGCCGGAGAGGCUGGCAGUAGCUGUCCCAGUUUCGCCAAUGAGACAUCGAAACAAUAACCCCAUCGAACAUUGUUUUUUCUCCACGAGAGGGUACUUAUGCUCUUUGGAUGGGUGAUGUUUCAUAUUGUAGUUCUGCUCUGAAUUCAAUGAUUUUUGUGUCUUCGUUUUGGCCUAACAUGGUCGUGUAAUAGGUUAUAAUACAGUAUAAUAACAGUUCAUUUUGAUGAAGUUGUGCUGAGAAAAAAAUAUACCCUGAUUUAAAAAAAACCAUCUAACAUAAGCAGUUACCCACAGUGUUACCCAUUACUUGAGUAUUCUUUUCAGCGAACACUUUUUUUUACUUGAGUACAUUUUUUUGGAAGACUACUUCUACUGGAGUAAUAUGCUACUCGAGUAUAUUUUUUACCCACCUCUGAGACCGAUCUUUAAAAAAGUCCAAAUGUCGGUCGACAUUCACGAGGAAGGUCAUCGCCCAAACAGCGAAACGGUUAUCCUACUACAAUAUAUUGGCCCGUUUUGAAAGAAGACCGUAUAAUGGCCAACCGAUAUAUCGGUGAACCUUCAUUAAAAAGCUCAUCGCCCAAACACUGAACAAGUUACCCUGUUAUAUUGACCGGACCCUAUAUCAAACCAACAGUGAGCGUGUUAUCCUAUUAUAUCGUCCAAUCUAGAAAACAAAUCCUUUAAAUGGGUCCACCUUUAAUUUUGGCUAGACUAGGGAGGUCAGUAAAUGAGCAUGUUUCAGUGUCAUGGAAGGUAAUAUAUGUCCAAUCCAUUUGAAGUGGGAGGCCGCUUGAAAAUGAACAUUUUUUUAACAGCACAAGCCUUUCAUGCCUUUCUUAUUGGCCAGAAAAAAUGACCGAUGGAACGAGGCUAACGAGAGCAUUAUUUGCCUAUUGAUGACGCAGCAUCAGGAACGCCGAGCUGGGGGAAUCCAACUCGUAAGCUCCGUUUCGCGGAACAACCAACGACUCCGCCCACUUUUUCAACUUUUGAGGAAUACUUGAUGUUUUUGAGAACCAUGUUUGAAGUGGGAAAAAAAAAAACAGAACAGGCAUUUGUAAGCCGUGCAAACCUCAGCAGAGCACACUAGCGGCCGGAGUUGCUCGUCUGAACUUUUAGCCUAACGGUUACCGGGCUCUCCUGUCGCGCCGGCGGCGCGGGUUCGACUCUCCACCUGGACGUGGGGGGCGCUUAAAACCGCUUACACAUGUAUACAUAAUAAAAUAGAAACAUGAUUAAGUACAUAUGCUACAUGAUUAUAAGUGGCAUUACACUGAAUUCAUCUGUACAUAGUAGGGAAGUGGCACAAGUCAAAAUAUUAGGCACACAUGCAGAGCAAAAGCAAUAAUGCUCCCAAUAUUACCCCCCACCCCAAAAAAAAAAAAAAAAAAAAAAAAAAAAUCAAUACUUGAGAAA